GGCGGCGGCGGAGCGGGCCCCGGGGCGGGCGGGGUCGGGGGCGCCACCAACCCGGCGGCGCUGCCCCCCGGGGACGCGCAGCUCAUCGCCCUCAUCGUGGAGCAGCUCAAGAGCCGAGGCCUGUUUGACGGCUUCAGGCGGGACUGUCUGGCCGACGUCGACACCAAGCCAGCUUACCAAAACCUGAGACAAAAAGUGGACAACUUCGUGUCAACCCAUCUGGAUAAACAGGAGUGGAACCCAACGAUGAACAAAAACCAACUGAGAAAUGGACUGAGGCACAGUGUGGUUCAGUCGGGGAUGCUGGAAGCUGGAGUGGACAGAAUUAUUUCUCAGGUGGUGGAUCCCAAACUAAACCACAUCUUCAGGCCCCAGAUAGAGCGAGCGAUUCAUGAGUUCCUGGCUGCACAGAAGAAAGAGGAGGUUGUGCCCGCUCCACCCCCGGAGCCUGAAAGUCAGGACCCUCCAGCUCCUUCCCCAGAUGCCUCCUAAGAAUUCGCCUGGUAUGCUAGCCGACGAAAAUUGGCAGCGGCCAAGUAUAUUCCACCAGACACACAAGACUGCAGCCUCUUAAUGAAGAUAUCCAAAGACUCAGUCGGGGAUCGAAUAUGAUGGUUCCGCCUCGCUGCCUGGCAGAUUGCCUUACUUGGGUUAAAAAAGACCCCGCUCAAUGGGGGCUGUGCCCUUCUGGUUCAUCCUAAGGUCUCCCAGACCAUCAUGGGAGGCUCAGGCACACUGGGGUGGUGUUUGAGGUGGGCAGGGGGGGCAAGAGGAGUCUGGGUGGCUGAACUGGCAGUGAGCUUGAGGGGGGACUUCCCAAGAGCUUUGAGCUUUGUGAGGAUUGGAAUCUAGAUAGAAGAGUGGGGAGCCCUGAAAAAUGCAACAGAAUCUGUAAUUUUGUGAUAGGAAGAGUUAAGAGUAGUCUAGGUAGAUUGGGUCCUUCACGGCAUUAGUAAACGACCGAAUUGUCGAUCCGGGAAGGAGAUGCUUCUUUAGAAAUGAGCUGCUUAUUACGGCGAAGUUGGCGGGCCAGGGCAGCAGCCAGGGUGGCCCAGCAGAUCCUUCUGAAUUGUCUGUUUUUGGCUUUCCCAGUGAGCGGGGGCCUGGCCCAAGCCCACAGUAAACUGGAAAGCACAGGCCGGCAGGGAGUGGGCGAAUCUGUCUGCCGGGUCGGGGGGAGGAUUGGGGAAGUUGCUCAGGGGUUUCGUCCUCAGACAGGUUCGCCGACCUUAUCCCUGCAGGGUUUUAAACGGGGACGGUCGGGGCUGGGAAUUUGCUGGAGAGAAUGGAUGUAUAGUCGAUCGGCAAUGUCCUUCUCCAUUUUAUAAUAAAACACUAGAAAAACCAGAAACUCUGA